GUGGCCAUGUGGUUGAGUCAGAAUUUCCUUCUGCCAGAAGAUGUGGAAGUGCCAGAUGGCGCCACGGACCUCGCAAGAAGUUUCCUUGCAUUACGUUGCUACGAUAUCUUGGAAUCUGGUGUAAUGGCAGAUUUUCCGCUGGAAAAUGAUAAGGUGGAAAAGCUCCUUAAAACAGCUGAUGAAAUGCAUUCUACGGGCUGCCGACUCAACGCGCAGAUGGCUGACCAUUCCGGGGUCAUAAAAAGUUUGAUUGUGCGUGCUGAAGAUGCCCGCAUUCUUGGUCAUUGGGAUAGCAUGAGAAAGUGGUAUAUGGAACUGAUGGGUCUCAACAGAGAGCUGAUGGCAGGACAUAAGGUGAGAUUGAACCAUCAUCAAGAGCUAACUUCGUGUCUGAAACAACUCAAU